UGCAUAUUGUUACAACACUCCUCAAAUUAAUCUCCUUUCUUUAUAUUCACAUUCAUCCUCGUGCUUAAUUACAUAUAUAAUCACUUAUUACACAUCCUAGCAAGAGUUUUACAUGAUGGCUAUGACUUUGCCGAUACUAAUAACCACCUUGCUCUGCAUUCUCUCAACAACAUCAUGUGGACGCGUUAUAGUUGGAGCAAAAACAGAGAUUACUGACGUGACAACAAACAAGGAAGUGCAGGAGAUUGGGAGGUUUGCGGUGGAAGAGUACAACUACAAACAAGGUUUAAGCAACAGCGGCGGCGGUGAAGCGUUGAAGUUUGUGGAAGUGGUGGAAGCAGAGAAACAAGUGGUGUCCGGGAUGAAAUACUAUCUUAAUAUCUCAGCCGUUGAUCAUAAAGGUGUUCAUAGAAUGUUUACUUCUGUUGUGGUGGUUAAACCUUGGCUUCAGUAUAAGAAGCUUCUUCAUUUUGGUCCUUCAUCCACUUUCCACCAAAUGCAACAUACUACUAUGUAAUUAGAGAGCUAAGAUUUGGUAAUUUUGGAACUAAAUAAUACUAAUAAUGCUAAUAAACAAGUUAUAUAUGAUGGUUUUCGGGGUCAGUUCUGGCAUCAAGUGGUUCUCCUCCGAUCACAGUUGUGGGAUCGAAUUGUAGUAUGAUGGAUUUUUUUAUUAGGCUAAGAUGGUGCGGUAUUUGUAAUAUAUGGCAACUGAGCUUUUCAUUUCUUUCAAUUAAUAAAAUUUUUCUAUGUUUUAUGGGGAUUGAGAAAAUGGGUCGAAUUUGAAGCAACUACUAUAGCCUAAAGUUUUGAUCUUGUACUAUCUGAAUUCUUAAUUAAGAUGCGAGAUUGCUAGUUUGU